UCAAACAAAAACAACAUUUCGGGGAAUUUUUGGUGGCAGAUGCGUUGGAUUUCGUGAAAAAGAAAAUUGGGUUUCAAUGAACAGUCCAUCGAAAUGCGGAAGUCAUCGGCAAAUGGCUGUACAGCGAGUGCGAGCGACAACCAAGUGCUGGAACCACCAGCGACUCCAGCAAACAAAGCAACCGAGGAUGAGGAUGAUGAUUCGGAUUCCGAUGAAAAUCCCAGCCAUCUGACGAUUGCAUGUCCGGAAUGUGGCAAAAUGUUUGCCGAUCGGAGUGGCCUUCGUCGGCACGAAUCGGUCCACACGAAGGAUAAGCCGUACCUGUGCGAAAAAUGUUCCCGCUCGUUUACGCAGAAGACUAGCCUUGUGCGACACAUGCUCAUUCAUUUGCGCGAGAAAAACUUUCCCUGCACGCACUGUACGAUGAAGUUCCGGCAGAGGGUUAACCUGGACGCGCACGUCAAACAGGUGCAUCCGCCGGCGGACGAUCCGGAGUUGGAAAACCGGUUCCACUGCAAGAAGUGUCCGUCGGCGUUCAAAACGGCCGGACGGUUAAGGGAUCACCGGGCCCGACUGCACGGCGAGAUGGUCAUAUUCGACCAGUGUGUGAAGCGCACACCGAACGUAACGAAAGAAGCCUCCGAAGGGUCAGAGGACAGUGAUGAAGCGUCCCAAGAGGAAGAUUCACAAUCGUCAGCACAGGACACGGAGCAGGAGGACAGUGAGAUAGUGCAAAAGGUAAUCCCCAGCCGCCGGACCGAACAUCUGAAGGGUAAAACGCCCCAGCGACGGCAUGAGUGUGAGGUGUGCAAGGCAGCAUUCCUGAAGAAGGCACACCUUGCCCAGCACAUGGUGUCGCAUCUCGGGUUUAAAGAGUUCCGGUGCGACGUUUGCGACAAAACGUUCUCCACCAAACAGUCGCUCAACAGCCACACCGUGCUGCACGCGCAAACCGAGUUGCCGUUCAGUUGCGACGCCUGCGGGGAAUCGUUCAGUCGUCGCGCAACGCUGAAAAGGCAUCAGACCAUGCUGCAUGAGGAGCAGAAACAUUCGUACCGGUGUCCUUACUGUGGGAAACGCUGUCGUUGGUAUCACAACUGCCUCACGCAUAUCAAACGCUUUCAUCCAAAGACGGACGGGAAGGAACUGUUGGAUCCGAUUAAAGAACCCGUCACGAACGGUGAUCAUGAGGAGACAGUUCCUUUGGCAGGAAAUGAAAGAGAAUAAAAUUGCAUUUAGCUUCUCUAUA